AUGGCAUUCGCUGGAAAAGAUCCACUAAGAGCUCCAAUAUCUCUUGCUCUAGACAUAGAGGUGUAUGCGAACUCGAUCGAGUCGGUCUACAGAGGACUUGGUCGAGCUAGACUUACAACGGGUAGAAAGAGGGUUCAGAGGUCACAGAGGGUACAAGAGGAACCUGAGGUGCUUGUUGCUGAUACAAUGGAUGUACCAGAGGGGAAUGUGAUAAUAUGA